AUGCCGGGCGGAAGCAGCAGCGACGGCGGCGGCAGUGGCAACGGCGCCGGCGGCAGCGGCCACAAGAACAGCCAGCAGCACCGGUUGGAGGCCACCAUGACCAUGUUGCGCAGGAGGAGCCGGAACAACAGGGGCAGGUUGGUGCGAUGGGAGCGCGUGUCCGAGUGGACCGGCACCACGCACGUGACCGCCUGGGACGUGAUCGUCCGCGACUCGCUGUUGCACAUCGCGUGGCCAAUGUCCCUGGGAGCCGAACCGGUCGGACCGCCACUGGACCAGUUGUACAUCACCGGGUAAGUGCAGAUUAUUUGCCACGUAAUAAAACAUAGGCUGGAACGUUGAUAUUUUGAUGGACAAUCACGUCCAGAAUAGGUAUGAUAGUUGUUAUUGUUUGAAAACUAAACACGAGAUAACCGAAUGCGAUCUGAUCGAUUAUUGUCAGUAGGUUAUUGGACAAUCGUGGAAAACAAAAGUGACAGAAAUCAAUACAAACAAUUGACACCUGAUUUUUUGGAAAUCUAAAUUAUCAGAAAGAAAUGCUUUUAUGUAAUUUAACAAAUAAAUAUAAUUUAUUAUACAGGGUCUUUACGAUUCCGUGCUACAGUCAAUUUGUCCGUGGCAAAAUAAAUUUUUACGUUAAUCAAGUAUGAAAUUUUGUUCUGUUUGUGCAGAUUUGAUGGUUUUGAAAUCGGGAUUCCAAAAUUUUGGUAUUGGAAUAAAUUAGCGUUUUGAAUGCAAUUACAGUUAGGUCAUAAUUGUUUUUUUUUUUUUGGUAAAUUUGAAAUUCGGUACACAGAUAUGCUUCUGGAUUAGUAUGUAUUUCUGUGAAACAGUUUUCUUAGGAUAGGUUUGCCCUUUAUUUAUGGCUUAGAUGUUUUACAAAAUUAGAAUAAUUGUUUGCUAUGCGAAUUGCUAUUAUUGACUUUGGUUUCAUUUCGAUAUUAUUGAUUGUAGUUAGAUAAUGUUUGGAAAACUAAUUUGUUACGGAAUCCUAGAAGAGCUCCAGCAAGUAAAUUAUAGCUAUACGAGUAGGUUUUUAAUAGGGAGACACGGACAAAUAUUGGGUGACGGAAUCGUUUUCUUUUUCGAUCCCGAAUUCGGAUACGUGCAGAUAAAAAGAAACAUUUUUUGCGUGAAUAAACGUACACCUACGAUGUGUGUAUAUCUAACAUCCAUACCGUAGCCUAUUUUUUUUUUAUCCGAGAGAAUACCUACAGAAACCAAAUUAUUCUGGUUUCUUCUAAUUUAUUUUAUUUAAUAUCUCGUGUUACAUGAAAAAAUAUUGAAACGCCUUUUGAACAUUGUUAUUUUUUCAGAUUGUAGUUAGAAAUUCUCUAAACCACAGAACAAUUAUUUGAUUGUAGUGCCUUCGAUCGAUGAAAACGUUAAUUUUACAUUGUAUUGAUAAAAAGCAAAACAUAUUAAUAUUAAUACCAUUCUUGUUAAUUAGCAAAAUACAUUAUGUAACAAUUAUUCAAAGUAUGUAUACACUAAACUCCUACGUAAUAACGUUGUACUACGGCCGAUCAAAUUAAGAAUCCGAGUAAGCCGAGAAUCAAAUAUUGCCGAAUACCUAUUGAUAUAAAGAAAAAUACAAACAUUUUUAUUUUGAAUUACUUAAAAUCCGAUUUAAGUAUGUAGUAUUAUUUGAUACCAUAUCAUACAAUAUUAAAAAAAAAAAAAAAAAAUACAAGUAUUAAAAUUCAGUAUAUGAUGCCACCGUACACGAAGAGGAUAAUAUAUUCUAGGACUUGUUGAUGUUCAAUAUCAAUAGACGUUAAAAUCUUUUCACGUGAUAUUCGUGUAAACACGAUCAACACGUAUGGUAAAGUAUAGGUAGAUAUUUUGUUCGAUUUAUACGUACUGUUUAUUAUUUUGUUUGAAAUUGACAAAACGCGGGAUGAUUUCGAACGCAUGAAAAGUGCCAAAAAUUUAUCUAAAAAUCGUAGUCAUAAUACCAAUCAUACAACUCAGAAACCUAAAAAAAUCUACAAAUGUUGUAAAAAACCAUGAGUACAUGAAAAGCGACAAAAGCGUUUGAGUUACACAAAAGUACAAUUAGUUAUAGAAAAAAAAAAAAACAGAUUAAACAUAAAAUAAUGUCGUUAACAAAUUUAUGUUGGCCGAAAGAUGUUGAAGAAGAAAAUAAAUCGGUGAAAAGCUAUUCAAAUCCAUGAAAUGGGGAUUUUCUAUGGAAAGUAAAAAUCUUCAAAUAGUGGUAAAAUCUUCCUUAGGUAGACAAGAUGACCGUAGGUCUUUUACAAAAUUUAAAAAACAGACACAUGGAAUUUGGUAAAAUGGUUUUUAAAAAGAAAUCUUUCACUAACUUUGACACUAUGUGCCGAUUUUCGAAGAAGGUUUUUUCCACUAUAUUUCCUACUGCAUGCAAAUAUUUAGACGGACCUAAAGUUAUCAUAGGUGAUAUUUACCGAGUCAUUUUCCCCUAAAAUCUUAAAAUUACGUGAAAUGCAUUAUGCAAAAUGUGUAUUAUGCCCAACAAAUACUACGCACCUUUGUCAACCCUCAGAUGUUUCUGUUUUUAAACCUUUAGAACGAGCCUAGAUACCUAUUUUAGAUAACUGGAAAAAAAAACAAACAUCUGGUUUAUUACCUAAAUUAUGUUAUAUUUUAGACUUCUUAAAUCUACAUUAAACAAAUUAAACACAAACAUGUCUGAUAAUAAAAUUUACGUGUUUAGAGCAACAGGUUUCUCUCCAUUUGAACCUCAAAAAGUCAUUGAUAAGCUUCCUAAGAAAUAUCAAAGAUAA